CAUACCCUGCCGAAACUGCCUGUCCCGGAACUCCAGAGCACCAUGGACAAGUACCUGAGCCUGGUUAAGACAGUGGUCUCUCCCGAAGAGUACGCCCGAACCCAGCGAAUCGUGGCAGACUUCUGCAAGCCCCAUGGACUGGGACAGCAGCUGCAGGACUAUCUUCUCUCCAGACAGCAGAAUACCGACAACUGGGCUACAGACUGGUGGCUAAACGACAUGUACCUCAACGUCAGACUUCCACUCAUCAUCAACUCCAACCCGGUAGCCGUCUUCCCUUACCAGCGAUUUCCGUCCCGGAGACACCAGGUUAGGAUCACAGCCAAGUUAAUUUGUGGGAUGCUCGACUUCAAGAACUUAUUGGACACACGGACAUUACCUAUCGAGAGAUGCAAGAACAAAGAAAAGGGUCAGCCACUCUGCAUGGAACAACAUUAUCGGCUCUUCAGCUCCUACAGACAGCCAGGCCAUGAUGUGGAUGUGCUGAGGACUAACCUACACGCUACAGGCAACGAGUACAUUGUGGUGGCUUGCAACAACCAGUUUUACAAAGUGGAGGUCGGCACAUUUGGGGACCCUAUCUGUGAGGCAGAUCUGUGUUUACAGUUGUCACGAAUACUGAACAUGGCCGAGAACAACAAGCAAUCACCAGAAGUCGGGGUGCUGACUUCACAGUCAAGAAAUGACUGGGCGGAACACAGGGACCAUCUCUUAGAAGAUGAGACAAACCGAAUCAGUCUUCAGACGCUAGAGAAUUGUCUGUUUCUGGUCUGUCUGGACAAGGCUACGGUUCCAUCCUUUGGGUGCUCGCGGAAGGAUUUAGUGACAGACCUCACAGCUCGGACACACCACAUAAUCCAUGGACAGGGUGUCAGAAACAACACCUGCAACAGGUGGAUGGACAAAACAAUCCAGUUGAUCGUCUCCGAGAACGGAACUUGCGGCAUCAACAUGGAACAUUCAGUGGCUGACGGCAUCGCUCUGGGACACAUGGUGGAGCACACCUUUAGUGUCAUCAUAAUAAACACAUUUGUCCAACAAAAGGGACUCGAACAUAUGACGCCCGACCCGGCGAGCAAGAGGUUAUCAAUAUCUAUAAACUUCACUGAGACUGGUUGGUUAGUGGAGGACCUUGACCUGUGUGUCUACAGAUUUGAAGGUUAUGGACAAGAUUUCAUCAAAAGUCAAAGCAUGAGCCCGGACGCUUUCAUUCAGCUGUCUUUACAACUGACAUAUUACAAAAUUCACGGUACUCUGACAUCCACGUACGAAAGCGCCUCGGUCCGCAGAUUUAGACUGGGUCGUGUGGACGUCAUCAGAGCCAACUCGCAGGCAGCUUUGACCUGGAUCCGAGCGAUGCUGGGCCAGACAGACAACACGACAAUCCUGGGACAUGGCGUUGACCUUCAUCUGCUGGGUUUGAGGGAAGCGGCGGUAGAAUUGGGUUUGCAGACACCUGAUCUAUUCACAGACCUAUCGUACAAGGAGUUCAACACAUUCCGCUUGUCCACUAGCCAGGUGCCCACGGUGUCUGAUUACUGGAUGGGCUAUGGGGCCGUGGUCCCUGACGGCUAUGGAGUCUACUACAACCCACAGCCGGACUUCAUCACAUUCUGUGUGGCUUCCUUUUUCUCCUGCAUGGAUACGUCGUCGGACAUGUUUGUCAAUUCUCUAGAGUCCAGUCUGCUACAGAUGGCUGAGUUGUGUACGUACGACCCAAAUAAUUCCACCAUCAAACAAAGAUAA